GCAGGGUCAGUUGGAUAGAAACACAGCUCCAAUGACUCAUCAGUUUUUGUGUGAUACAGCUGGCUAGUGACCAAAGGUUUCCCAGUUCUCUGAAGCAUAGCAGCCUCCUCGCUACCAAGGUGAAGCAACUACUGUCAGACAUCUCACUGUGGAAGUCUGUGCUGACAGUGCUCAAGGGGCUGGUGGUGAUUGAAAAUGGAAGAAACAAGGGAGCUCUCUCCAAAGCCGUGUAAAAGCAAAGAACCUGUGAAAACAGAAUGGGGCGCUCAGAGCGUUGUAUUUACCUAUUUCCAAGGGGAUAUUAACAGCGUGGUGGAUGAACACUUUUCCAGAGCUCUAAGCAAUGCCAAGAACCCCCAAGACCUGAGCACAAAGCACAAGGACGAGACCGUUGUCCUGAAGAACGUAGAUAGCGCAUCGCCCCAUCAGUGGAAUUUCUCUUCACAUUGCUCCAAAGCAUAUCCAUCAUCUUCUGCACCAAGCGUGUCCAAUUCGGGUCUGAAUUUUGCUGCUGCUGCUGGUCUGGCAGGCCAGUACCAGCCACCAGCUCUGAGGAGUCAUCCAGCCCAACCUGCAGACUUAUGGCCUUUCCCUUCCAUUGGGACUCCCAGUCUCCCCAGUUCGGUGUAUCAUCAUCAUGCCUUGCCUGACCUGCAUGUGGGAGAUGAGCCCAUCUCUGACAGGAAAUACGGUUCUCUUCUUGGUCUUCUGCAACAGGAAAAGUGCCUAACAUCCAUGCAGGAAUGUCCCAUGAAGCAACACUCAAGUUCUGCUUGUAUGACUGGACCUGCUAGGUUACAAAAUAUAAGCCAAAGUUCAGCUCCUGGGGGAGAGAGGAAAGCAAGCGCUUACCAAGGCUCAGAGAAUCCCAGCGGAAGCCACUCCACCGCAGGCCUUCAGAUCCAUGACAGAAGAAGAGAUUUGUACUUCUAGCCACCGGAGGGUUCUCCUUCAUUCUCAAUGAGGAAGCUCUUGCUGUGAACUCUAUUUGCAACUGUGAACCAAGAAGGGAACUGCAGCUAUCCCGUGCUCUCUCUGUUGGAAGGAUACAACUGCUAUUUACUAUUUGGGGAGUGAAGAAUCAACCUUUUCUAUACAGUGAAUAAUUUCUAAUAGCUGUGGGAUUAAACCUGACUCUUUGUUAUGAAGAAAUAUUGUCUACUGAAGGCUUCUCAUGUAGCCCUCUUGAAAAGACUCUUAGCACUUUUUAAUCCAUGUAUUCAUUUAUCAUCUCUUGAUAAGAAUCACAGUUCUUAUCAAUGCAGUUGCUAACUGGUAAGUGCAGGGAUGCAGUUUGAAUUUGCAUAUGCAGAUGAACAUGACAUAUAUAUAUAUAUAUGAAUAUGCAGAUGAAUUUGGCAUAAAUUCAGUGCUGCAGGUUCUCGGCUUGAUUUGAUACCUCCAUAUUGUUUAAAAGGCCAGGGGCAAGAGACUUCAAGACAACCACGGGUCAUGCUUAUGGUUUGGAAGUACACUGAUUUGUAACCAUACUUGCAAUUCACUGGGGCAUUCUUCAGAAACUAUAUAAUGUGUAUAUGCCCAAAGGCUCUGUUUUGCCUUCUUUUAAUGUAUCCUCUAGAAAACAGUGAUUUAACACUAAACCUGGGAGGAAAUCUCAAUCCUCAUUAGGUGCAAUUAAAAUACCCUUGAGCAAAAGCUGGAGGGGGGGAUGCUCUAUUUUCCCAACCUGUCUGCAGGCCUAAGAGCUUCUGACCAAGCAAAA